AUGUCCUCCAAUGAUCGCCGUGCUGCCAGCUACAACAUAGGCGGCGGUACACGACCCCGCGUCGCUUCCAGGCGCGCUGUUGGCGAAAGCGACUACAGGGCGUCUCGACAAGGCGAAGAGGCUAGCAUCAAAUCACCGCUGCUCUCUGAAAAGAUGGAACAUCUCCGCGGCAGUACUUCGAGCGCGAGAGGCGUGCACAGAGAACCCGGGAGCACGGCAGUUGACCGCCGAACGGAGCGGACAGCGGUUACAACGCGCGACAAAAUUCACGUCAAGACGCGAAAUCCAGUCAAGGAGUCCCCGAAUGCAGGCAAUCGUGGAGAAUUUGAAAGAUCAAGGUCCAAAAAGACAGCCUCGCCUCCUCCUAGGUGGAAGGAAAAGGACGCUGGAGACGUGCCAUGGAUCCCUCAGGCUGCUUUGAUUCCUCACUCCUCUGCUCCCUUGGCAAGUCGUGUCUCAGUACCUCCUCUUGCGUCGAUUUCUCCGCAGACGCUCGAACCUAUAUCGUUUAAAGAAAUGUCUAUGGACGAGCAAGAGAAUGCUAUCUUGCAGGACAUCCUUUUUGUGUUCAUGGGUUACGAAGGUCAAUAUAUACGCUACCACACCUCAUACGAUCCUUCGGUGGAAAAGGACCGGCUAGUUGGCCCAUCUUUCCAGAUCGGCUCAGGCUUAGAUCCCAGUCUGAAGGAUUUGACAAUCUCGAUGCUAAAAAUGGCUACGCAUUACAGCGCCCUGGAAGCAUUCGUGGAUGUGCUGAGUCGCCCAGAGUAUGGCGCAGUCAGUCAUGCCCUGUGCGCAGCUAUUCGAAAGCUCUUGAAAGAUUAUCUGAUUCUCGUAGCACAGCUCGAGAAUCAGCUACUCAACAACCCGAAUUUCACCUUACACGUUCUUCACCUUCAGACCAUGCCGACGAGCCAGAGUUUAGCGCAACUUCAUUCGCUCAGUCAGGAGUUGUUAAGACGUAAUAAGCUACUUGACCAAGAUCUGGACGAGUCAAUCGACGACUUUGAUGACGUUGACAACAUUCUCGAGCAGCUCAAGGAAGGUGGCGAUCUUGUACCGGGGAGUAUGUCGAGCAAAAAGAUAUGUAAAGGUGGUAAUGUUCUGGGGCUUCUGACGGAACGGCUGGCCACGUUUUCGGGGGAUCCCGCAACCAAGACACUGCUGCAGACAUUGCUUCGAGAGGCUAGCAGGCCGUAUAUGACGAUGCUGAAUGAAUGGCUGCACCAUGGGGUGAUAAGGGACCCCCACAGUGAAUUCUUGAUCAAGGAACAGAAGUGGAUAAAGAGAGAAAAGCUUGAAGAAGACUACACUGACGAGUACUGGGAGAAGCGGUACACGAUUCGUGAUAACGAGGUACCACCACAGUUAGAGAGCGUCCGGGAUAAAGUGCUACUUGCCGGGAAAUACCUCAAUGUUGUACGAGAGUGUGGAGGAGUGGAUGUCAAUAAAGCCGUCAAAGAUAUUCCGAAGACCUUCGAUGAUCCCCGAUUCCUAGACAACGUGAACAGUGCUUACGCCUACGCAAACACAUCUCUGCUAAACCUUCUCCUAUCCGAGAAUUCACUAACCACACGUUUCCGUUCGUUAAAACACUACUUCUUCCUCGACAGAUCGGACUUCUUUUCUUACUUCAUGGAACUAAGCGCUUCUGAACUUCGCAAGGCUGCAAAGAACGUGAACGAGAGCAAGCUUCAGUCCCUUCUUGACUUGGUGCUUCGACAACCGGGGAGCAUUGCCGCCUCAGACCCUUUCAAGGAAGAUGUCAAAGUGAAAAUGAACAAGAUUGGCCUGACCAGGUGGCUGAUGCAGGUUGUCAGCGUCUCCGGCAUUGAUCAAGACAAUCCAGAUGGCGGGGUUGAGAAAUAUCAAGCCCCUACCACUCAGCCAGCCGAAGACGAGAAGGAUAUCAUUGGGUUUGACGCUCUUGAACUGGACUACAUGGUGCCAUUCCCGUUGUCGCUUGUGAUUAGUCGAAAGACGGUCUUGAGAUACCAGCUCAUAUUCCGAUAUCUCUUAUCACUGCGACAUCUGGAAAAUCUCCUCGUCACUUCCUGGCAAGACCAACAAAAAGUGCUUGGCUGGCGCCAUAAGUCGUCUGAUCGGAGGCUGGAAAUGUGGAAGAGAAGAGCGUGGACCCUUCGCGCGAAGAUGUUAGUUUUCAUCCAACAACUUCUAUAUUUCUGCACCGCCGAAGUCAUUGAGCCCAACUGGCAGAACCUGAUGGAGCGUGUCAACGGCACUGCAGCUGGCGGGGACAGUCUGCCUGGAGAUGUAGAUGGAGGAUCGAGACAGGUUAAUCGAACGGUAGACGAGUUAAUGCAAGAUCAUGUUGAUUUCCUCGAUACGUGUCUCAAGGAAUGCAUGCUUACUCAGGCCAAACUUUUAAAGAUCCAUUCUAAACUCAUGACAUGCUGCACAAUGUUUGCCUCUUGGACAGCAGCAUCGCUAGGCCGGAGUAUGUCCUCGGCCGAUCCAGAUCUGUCCGCUGGAGCGCCUGGAGCGCCUGCCGAUGCCCGUCCGUACGAUUCGACGCGAUUGACCAAGCUGGAAGACACCUUGAAGAGAUACGAGGAUCACUUCAAUCGCCAUUUGCGAAUACUCUUAGACAGUCUGAACUAUUUUGCGGCAACUGAAAGUGUCGUCCUGCUGAAACUCGCACAUUCUCUGAGCUCUAUUGGCAAGGAUGAGUAA